UGUACUGGUUGAAGGCUUCGGGACUGUUCCGGUGGUGAAGAGCAGAGGAAGAAGGGACGCACACACACACACACACGGCUGCCGUUUUGAGGAGGUUUGUGCAACAACACACGAAGGCGUGGGAGCUGCCAAGACCACAGCCCCAGGGAAACAUCCCCUCCUAGGAUUUUGUUCCAAAGCAGCCGCCGGAUCUGAACAGCCUCGAGACGACGGAGGGCCGUUUGCUUCGUGGAGGGAUCGUGGCAAAGACUCGGGGGCAGUUCUGAGCUGUGCCCCGGAAGGAGGUGCAGCCAUGAGCAGCUCUCUCAGCUUCUCUGCAGGCUCCUUGUCCUGGCAAGGGUGCCUCUGUUCAGCAGUCGCAGCUUGGGAUGGGUCGGCAGCCUGAGGAGGAGCCCUGCCCUCAGUAGCUGUCAGAUCCUGAGAUCUUGCUUCAUGAGCCCAGGAGGCAAGGGGCCGGGUGUUAUCUGGGCAACAGGAUUUAUUGCACAGCUUGAACGGCAGUAAUUCCCCUCCAGAGGGCACCUGGAGACCCACCUGCUGCACCCUGCAUGGGGGAGACCAUGCAGAGGCUGAGACACAUGGGCUCAACUUGCUGCUUGGGAAGCGAGGACGAAGAUUAAAGCAGCUAGCAAGGACCGAAGGGCUUGGAUUUAUGCUUCAGUCUUAUUCUUAAUAGGACGUCGCUUUAGGGUGUUCUGGACAGGCUGUGCUAUGGAGGAAAACGGGGUGGCAAAGCCCCCACCCCAUCCCCCGGCUCCAGGCUUGGCCUCUGCUCUCUUCUUAGUGAUGGAAAUGUCUCCUGAGUGUGACUAAGACCCCUUUGGAGGGCAUUUGCCAAGGUCUUCUGUCACUUAUACCGUUGCUUCUUCUCCCAGUUUCUUCCUGGUUUGACAAGGGAGGCAAAAGUUGGAGGGAACCCAGGGUUUGUUGUUGGCUAGCUGGCAUGGUUGCUAAGUGGGGAGAGGCUCACGGCUCUUGAGACUUUCAGAUGUUGAAGAGCCAGUUUCGUCGUCCACUCAGGGGUGGCCAUGGAGGAUGCCUCUCCUUCGGCAGAGGGGAAGUUGCCGUUUCAGCAAGCAGUCAUAGGGCAGCAAUAAGUCAUUGCCUUUCCGCCAAACUCUGGGGGCCCAGAAUGGGGACCCAGGAUCUUUAACGCCUCCCCCCCCUCCGUCUUUUCCAAAUGCUUCUGGGAUCCCCCUGGCUGUGAAGUGUAGGUGACUGUCCGAUAUAGCCCAGCCAUGGCGGAGCACCUGGAGCUGCUGGCCGAGAUGUCUGCCGUGGGCAGGAUGGGCACGCAGGAGCGGCUGAAGCAUGCCCAGAAGCGCCGCACGCAGCAGCUGAAGAAGUGGGCGCAGUUUGAGAAGGAUGCGCAAGGCAAGAAGGCCAAAGCGGAGAAGAGGAGGAAGGGGAGCAGCAAGGAGCGGCACGUGGUGUUUCCUGGGAAUAUCCGGCUGCUGGAGGCUGCCUGCCGCAACGACGUGGAAGAAGUUCGCCAGUUCCUCCAGAAUGGCCUCAGCCCCAAUUUGUACAAUGAAGACGGACUCACUGCAUUGCACCAGUGCUGCAUCGAUGACUACGCGGACAUUGUUGAGCUGCUGCUGGAAGCCGGGGCCGACGUCAACGCCUGCGACAGCGAGCUGUGGACCCCCCUGCAUGCCGCCGCCACCUGCGGCCACCUGCACUUGGUGGAGCUGCUCAUUGACAAAGGCGCCCACCUGCUGGCCGUCAACUCGGAUGGGAACAUGCCGUACGACCUCUGUGAGGACGAGGCGACUCUGGACUACAUCGAAACCGCCAUGGCCGACCAGGGUAUAACUCAGGAGUCCAUUGAGGAGGCGCGUUCCGCUGUGGAGCGGGCCAUGGUGGACGACAUCCGCCGGCUGGUGAAGGAAGGCGUCGACCUGAACACGCCGCUGGACCACAGGGCCACCCUGCUGCACAUCGCCUCGGCCAACGGCUACCUGGAGGCUGCCGAGUUGCUGCUGGAGCACAAGGCCAGCAUGAGCGCCAAGGACAAGGAUGGCUGGCAGCCCCUCCACGCCGCCGCUUGCUGGGGCCAGAUUCAUCUGGUGGAACUGCUGGUGGCUCACGGAGCAGAUCUCAACGGGAAGUCGGUGCUGGAUGAGACCCCACUUGAUGUGUGUGUGGAUGAGGAGGUGCGCGCCAAGCUCCUGGAGCUGAAGCACAAGCACGACGCCAUCAUGAAGUCACACGACAAGCACAAGUCGAGGCUACAGCGCCGCACCUCCAGUGCUGGCAGCCGAGGGAAAGUGGUGAGGCGGGUCAGCGUGACGGAGCGCACCAACCUGUAUCGCAAGGAGCACGAGAAGGAGGCCAUUGUCUGGCAGCAGGCAGAGCAGCGGGAGAGCGAGGGAGAGGUGGAGGACGAGGACAAGCAGACGGACGCAGAGCUCCGGCCCCGCGUACCGCAGGAUCCCGAGGCGGCAGAGGCGGUGACGGCAGGGCCGGGGCCGGGGCCGGGGCCAGGGGAGCAGCUGUCCGAGCGCAACGGCAUGGCCCACGCCAAGCACUUGUACUCCAAGCGGCUGGACCGCAGCGUCUCCUACCAGCUGGCCACACAGGACGAACUCUCCACCCACCUCAGCAAGGAGAAGGCCCGCCACACGCUCGCGGACCUGAAGCGCCAGCGAGCAGCAGCCAAGCUGCAGAGGCCCCACCCGGAGGACUUCCCCCUCGGCCCCGGCGAGGCCCCGCUCCCGGACGCGGAACACAACUCUGUGUAUUUCACGGCAGCCAGCGGGGAGCCCCCCCUCCUCAAGUUGACUGCUCCGGCGGAAGAGACGCCGGCGGAGAAGCAGCGCUGCUGCAAGAUGAUGUGAGCGCAGGGAGACCUCG